AUGGAUGCUCGUCUCGCACCGGCCAAGGUUCACCGAGACAAGAAGUUACCUCCAGCUGCAGGAGGGAGUCUUCUCUCUCUCCUCAUUCUAGACCCUCAAGGCUGGUCGUCUGGAAUAAACGGCAAGCUCGCUAAUGCCCCUCGAUACCAGGAACUGGACGGCUUUGACAAAGAGAAAAGCGGCCUGUUCCCGAUCCACGUCCAGAUCGAUAAGCUGGGUUUCAUCUGA